CUAGAGUUUUUUAAAUCUAUUCAGUCUCUUGAGUAUCAAGUAACUCGUGAACUUUAAACGUUACUUAUUCAAUUACCAAAGAGUAAAUAGCAUUAUGUUUUUGCGUUGGUUUAUCUUCGUGAGAAUACUAUUGUUGUUAUUUUUCGUAAAUAAAAUUCAAAUGGAAAAUGAUUCGAUGAUAAAUGAAGAAAGUACGACAAGAUUAUCAUUUGAAAUCGGUGAUACCAGUGGUUUAAAUUUAGAUUUAACUACAGAUGUAGAUACAUUAAGGAAAUUAGAUAACAGAUCGGAAAUCAAUAGUUCAAUUUCAAAUGAAACGAAGAAAGUUUGUGGAGUUAAAAACUGCACGGAUAAUCCGAUGACACGAAAUUCGAUGAGUAAAGAAUCAAAUGAAGAACAAGAGACGUUUCCUUUGGCUUUCUCUCAGCUAAAUUCAUCGGAUGUUAAUAACAAUAAUAAUACGUCCUUGGAAAGCUCAUCACCUUCUUCCUCUUCUUCAGCGGCGACUUUCCACCACUUGCCGGCAAAUUCCGAACAGAGAAAGUCUUAUAAUUUAAAUACUAUAAAUUCUGUUCAUCAAACAUUACAAAAAAUUAUAAUGAUGAUUGUCAAACGUAUUUCAUCGUUGUAUGGAUUCAAUCCAGAUAAAGAUACGAGUUCGAAUAAAUUACGAAAUGAAACUGAACAUACCCGUGAACCUACAGAAAAUGUCACGGAAGUUAUUGCCGACAGAAUAAAUUCCACAGUAAAUGAUGAUAAAAAGUCUGAUGAAAUUUAUAAUUUAAAUAAAUUUUCAGACAUUAUUUUAGCGACUAAAUUUGAUUUACAUUCAACAGCUACAACUUCUGUACCAACUAACAUAACAGAAGAUGAAAAAAGUGUUUCGCCUCGAAAAACUAAAAAAUAUCACGCCAAAAAAGUUAAACGCAGUAUUAAUAAAGAACGUUGGAUAACGAAAUUAGUUAAUAAAGACGAUGGAAUCGUACAAAUGCACGCUUUUGUUGUGAGAGAUGAAAAAAUUCCCGAGUGUUGCAAGCCUGCACUAUCUAUGACCACCAAAAGAUACUUUAUGUGCAGCGGUGCAAUUUUGACUGUAAUACACGCCAUUACAACAGCGUCCUGCAUGCACUUUGCCGAUUUAUACGAGCAGCACAUCAAUGCUGAUCUUGCUGUUCUCGUCGGCGCUUCAACAGGAGCACCCCACGUCAUCAAAAUAAAUCGUUAUGAAAUGCAUCCGAGAUAUGUUUAUAAUGUUGAUAGCCCUGAACACCCAACCAAUAAUUUGGCAAUUUUAUUUUUGAAUUGCGGAUUUAGCUUUGUUACGGGUAUUGUCACACCACCAAAACUUCCUAAAGGUGUUUAUGAUGAUAUUGGUCACAUGUGUUGCAGCCAAAAGUGUGAACUUGUUACGGUUAUACAAAAACCAAAUAAUCACCAUCUUAUUAAAAAAAUAGAGGCUCAACAUUUGCCUCCACCGCUCCAUGACGACGAAAGAUUAACAAUAUUAUCUAGAGGUAAUUUCGGAUUAAGGAGAAUGUACAGACUCAAAAGAAAUACGUUUUCGUGGAUAAGACGAAAAAGAAAUACAGUUAAACUUGCUCCAGCGCCGUCAUUUUUAUCAAAAGAUACGUCUUUGUUUGUUGAAAAUAACAAUAGCGGUAAAAAAGUUCAAACUAAACGACAAAAUCAAGUUACGAAACGUAAAAAGAAAACAAAAAAUAUAUUAGAGAUAAUUGAUGACGCUAAAAGAGAAUCUGGUGGUAAAAAACAAAAAAAUUUCAAUAUUAAUGACAUUAAAAGUAUCGAUGGAAGACGAAAACUCGUUGAAAGAAUAGCAGCUAGUCUGAUGAAAGUUGAUGAUAAAUUGACCUCGGUAGACUGGAGUAAAGUUGAGGAAAAAAUGGAAUCGAAAAUUCCGAAAUCUGACCAAGAUAAAAUAGAAAAUUUUGCUGAAAAUAUUGUCGGUGCGACGAUGCUUCGUUUGGGAAAAGUUUUAGAUACUGAUUUGACAAAUGCCACGAGAAAUACUAAACAGAAAAAUGCAGAGUCGGCUUCGAAAAACAGUAUUUUGCUAUCACUUAUGGGCGAUUCUAAAGACAACGAAACCCUUGAAAAUUUCGCUGAUGUAUUUUCGAAUGUUAUCAUGAGUGUUCUACCUCCGAAAAAUAUUAGCCGUAUAUCAGUAUCAUCGGAUGUAAAUAUAGAAGAAAAAGAUUUGACUUUGCCACGAUCAAAAUAUCACAAAUGUCCACCACUUGGUUCGCCAGUAUUUAGAAACGGGACAUUAAUAGCAAUGGUUGCUUAUACGUGUGAUGACGUCGAAAGCUGGGUCGAAUGGAAGUAUGUGAGUAUAUCAAAAAAUUUAUUUUGGAUUCGCCGAAGGACAGCUCAGCCUCCACUUCACGGGCCAACCCUGUGUAAUUUACAAUUUACCAAAACCGAACUCCCUGACGGUGAUUUGAGUCAAGAAAACCAGCCCUACUCAAGAUCUAAUUUGUACAAAAAACAGUCGCCAGACUACUUUCAAACAUUUGAUAAUGUAUAUAAACCGCUGAACGAGCCACUAAAAGGCGUGCGAGAAACAAAUUACAAUGAUAAUUUUCCCACAGCGUUUAUGAGGUCCGAGGUGCAACCGAAAUCACAAGAAACCUGGUCACCCAAGCCCAACGAUCUGACAACGAAUCCUAGGCCUUCUUUAGUUAAUAACAAUAAAGGUAAAUUUGUUGCAGUAAGUAACGUAAAUUCAAAUACUUGUUUCACAAAACCCGAUGGAUCAACAGACUGUCGAACAGUUUCCAACACGUACACGCUUGAAUAAUAAUUCCAAUCACCGUUCAAUCUACUCCUUAACAUGAUGUAUCUAUACUAUAGGUAACAAUAUCCAAUUAAGAAGCCUUUCAUUACAUUAAGCCAAUUUGUAGAUUCAUUUUAGGACUAUACUAUCUACUUGUUUGUUAUUAAUUAUCAUACAAAAAGCUCAUAAAUUAUAUUCUGAGAAACAAGACAAUCAACUUCCUACUUUAUACUUAUUUAAGAUUUACGACAAACAAUCAAUCAAAUACAAUCGACAGUCUUCUUAAUCAUUUGAUCAUGUAUUAUAUUAAAAAAAAAAAAUUAUAAACUAUCACAUGAAUUUAAAGUGUUUCAUUGUUAUCAAUAUCAAUAUCACGAUUUACAUUUGUGAAUAAGCUUUAGUAAAAGAUCUCAUCACCGAUAAUAAUUCACCACAGCAGUAUAUAUAUACAUGACUUGUACAAUACUUUUUAUAUCUUGGUAUCAUCGAUGUAACAGGAGCACAAGGAUCCUGUUUCAAUAUCUUAUAUCUCAUAACAAGACUCCAUACUUGUCUUCCCACGCGUAAAUCAUUAUGUGGCUACGUUUCGGAUGAAAUGCACUUCCUGUCUUUCUAAGGCUGUCGACGGCGAUCAUUAUGUUGAUGAUGAUGAUGAUGAGGUCAAACCAAUAUAAAAUAAAUCGUUACAUAUAUUCCUGAGCUUAAAACCUUACAUUCAAUCUACUAAAUUCACUUUUUUAAGGCUUCAGUUACGCAAU